GGAUGUAGAAGCAGCAUGAAGUGGAAGAGAAAGCUAUGUAAUGAAUGGCUGGGGACUACGGGGGACAGAUGCACCAGUAUGAGGGAGCGGAGGCUCUGUAUAUGGUGUAUUCACCAUUCUCUGGAUCCCACAGGCUACCCAUGCUUAUGUGCAGAAGCUUACAAUCCUGAUGAGGAAGAGGACGACACAGAAUCUAGGAUUAUUCACCCUAAAACAGAUGAUCAAAGAAACAGACUGCAGGAGGCAUGCAAGGACAUUCUUCUUUUUAAGAACCUAGAUCCGGAACAGAUGUCUCAGGUGUUAGAUGCAAUGUUUGAAAAGCUGGUUGAAGGAGGGGAACAUGUCAUUGAUCAAGGGGAUGAUGGUGACAACUUCUACGUCAUUGAUAGAGGUACAUAUGAUAUUUAUGUAAAAUGUGACGGUGUUGGGAGGUGUGUUGGAACCUAUGAUAACCGAGGAAGUUUUGGUGAGUUGGCCUUAAUGUACAAUACACCCAGAGCAGCUACAAUUAUAGCUACCUCUCCUGGUGCCAUCUGGGGUUUGGACAGGGUAACAUUCCGAAGAAUCAUUGUAAAAAAUAAUGCCAAAAAGAGAAGAAUGUAUGAAAAUUUCAUUGAGUCAUUGCCAUUCCUUAAAUCUUUAGAAGUAUCUGAGCGUUUAAAAGUGGUUGACGUGAUUGGCACCAAAGUGUACAAAGAUGGAGAACAAAUAAUUGCUCAGGGUGACUUGGCUGAUUCUUUCUUCAUUGUGGAAUCUGGAGAAGUAAGGAUUAUAAUGACACGAAAGGGUAAACAAGAUGUAGAAGAGAAUGGAGCAGUUGAAAUAGCUCGAUGCUCAAGAGGACAGUAUUUUGGAGAACUUGCUCUUGUAACUAACAAACCACGAGCCGCUUCUGCAUUUGCUCUUGGCACUGUCAAAUGUUUAGUUAUGGAUGUGCAGGCAUUUGAAAGGCUUUUGGGACCUUGUAUGGAAAUUCUGAAAAGAAACAUUGCAAACUAUGAAGAGCAGCUAGUUGCUCUGUUUGGAACAAACAUGGACAUUGCCGAUCCCAGUGCAUGAGCUAAACAUUGGAGCGACAAGAUCUGUUAUGAGAAUAUAGCACAGUAGUGGUUUGUCCACUGAGAAAUUGUCUCUCUUCCUAUAGAUGCCAAGCAUUUUCUGUGAUUUUAAGAGCGGGUUUGGGUUUUUUGUUUUGGGGUUUUUUUUGACUUAUUACAGUGGAAAUAAUAGUAAACAAAACAAGAAUUUAAUAAAUUGUGGAUUUGAUUUUUGAAAGUGCUUAGCACUGAUGGUUCUAUCUGUCAUUAAGAAGACCCAUAGUAGCAUAGCACCUUUGAAAAGCAAGUCCUUUAACACAGCAUUUCCUUAAAGAGUAGAUUACAGAAAAUCCACAUGCGAUAAACUUGUUAAACCAGCUUCUGUUCUUCAAAAAGGUUACAACUUUUCGGGAAAGACUGUUAGUUUGAAUGUGAUAUGUUGAAAGUAUUAGUGCACACAAAGUGUUUAUAUGUAUUAAUACAGAAGAUAUACAGUAGAUAUUACUUUCUGACUAUUACAGUUGUCAUGAUUUUAUGUUGCAUUUAUCACAGAUGUAGUGAAUCACAAGAUUAAUCGUAAGAUAAAGCAUGACAAUGCGUUUUGUGUAACGCUCAUGACCCAAAUCUGAUUUUUAACGUUUUGUAAUUUGUUUUAAAGUCCUCUUCAUUUAAUAUGUCAUGUUUCAGCACGACAUUGUAAUAUCUUAUGCAAUUUAGAGGACUUGUAUAUUUUUGCAAUAAAUUGCAUUUUUUAUUAGUUACAUGUAUUCUGUACAGUCUAGAGUGAGGACAGCUGACAAAUUAACCUUAAUGCUUUAAAAGCAAAGGCAUAGGUCAUUGUCAUGUUCUACCUAAUCAUACAUAACCUAUAUUGUUUUCCUUCUUCCUUGUUUUAUAUUUAUGCAUUUUUCUUCUCUUUUUAUUUUAGAUCUUUUUUAUCUGUUAAAUAUUUUACCUAUUUCAAAUUAAAUGAUUUCUGUAUAUCUCUCUUCUUGCAGUCUAAUCUUAGCUAUCAAAGACCGGAUUCAAUUACUGAAGUGGUUGAUACCAAAAGCCAUGCUAAACUAAGCUUGUCCUUGAAAAAUCCUUAUAAGGAAGUAAGAAAAAUUUUUUUAAUUUAAAAGAUCAAUACUUCAAAAGCUUUGCACAAGUCUGGAAAGUAUGUAGUUGUUAAAGCUAACAUGUCCUGCUUUCAAAAACCUGUAGGUCACCAAAAAAUAUCUUUUUAGUUAUAAUAGCAUGGGAUACAUUCUGAGACUGAGGAGAGAGAGUAUCAUCUUAAUUAGGAGCACAGGACUCAUUGCUUACAAGGGUCUGUGACUGGAAAUUUCAGGCACAGUCCAAUUUUAAUACUGCUUAUUGACCUAUCUGUUGAUGUACAUGGAAAGUUAGUGCACAUAAUGGUAACUGGCAGUAGUUCUGCCAAAAUGAUACUACAAGAGUUGUAGGAAAGCUGCUUGUGCCCUGUCCCAAACACCUGAAUUAGAACAUCUUUCCUUCUUAGAUAAUGACUUUUCUAAUGCCAUAUAUUUGUGUAUGUUGAUGUCAUUAUGAUCCUAUAGUUAGUGAUAUGUUCUGACAAUUUAUAUAAUCAUACCUGUAUAUGAAAUUAUGAUUAUAUAAUAUUAUAACAAUAUAUAAUUUAUAUCAUACAGUAUGGUAUAAAUUAUAAGUCAGAUUCCUAACAAAAUACAAUCUGGACAAAAUGACAAAUUUGGGUUUUUUAAAACUUAGAAACCUGGUACGAAUAAUUGCACAUAUGAUAACUUGCCUUUGUACUUUUGAUUUAUGGAAAAAAGAGAAGCCUGUUAUACUAGAAGGAAAUAUGAGAUAACCAAAAUCUACACUCUUGUCAUUCUGUAUGCUUAAUCUCUAAAAGCUACCUAUAUUUUGCACUAGCUUGAUGUGAUUAAGAAAAAUGCUAGAAAUUACUUGUAUGGCAGUAAACUACAAUCAAGGCCAUAAAUGCCAGUCACGAUAUUUUCAAUAUUGUUGGUUAUAUUUAAAGUUUCCUUACAAUAAACAACACUUUUAUAUAUAAAAA